GAUAAUAAAGAGAGAAUCUUCUCUGGAAAAUAAAAAGAAAAAAGAACGGCAGUAUUUUACUUAUCUGUUUCCAAUGGAGUUCGAACUCAGCAUCGGCGGCUCACUCCGGGAGCGGCAUCCCAAAUACUGCACAUCGGCCUCAAGGCCGGGAUCUGGGCGGUGCGGUCGAUGGGGUUGGUCGGGAUCUGAACUGUACGGAUGCUCGGGAUGGCAACUGUACGGUCCUCCCCGCCCGUCGACGAAGACUCAGCCUCUGCAGCGAAAUCGGCAAACAGCAGGGGCUCCCUUCCAAGCCAACAAGAGACUAAGAAGAAGGUGGGGCGGGUCGGAGCAUGGCCACAUUGCAGUUCCUCCAUGCAGGUGCGCUGCCACGCAGGGACGUGCUUGGUUUGAGUUCAGUGCUGGAGGUCAGGAUUCUGUUCCUGGAUCGAGAUCAGGACCAGGUCCCAGCAAGACUGGUGAUUUUGCCGUUCUGUCCCACCUGCAGCAGCUUGGUUGUGGGGAGAUCAAGCGACGCCCAAGGGAGGUUCAUUUCAGUGGUUGCAUUAAUGAGUCCUAUGCUUUCCACUGCACCGGCGGUGAUUUUUUCGUCAAAAUAAACAGGACCUUCCGUGCAAAUGACAUGUUUCAAGGAGAGCUAGAAGCGCUCAGGAUCAUGGGGCUGACAUCAACAGUCAGAAUACCUAAGCCUUUGGCCUGCGGGGACCUUCCAGAAACCGGGUCAUACAUCAUCAUGGAGUACCUCCCUUUUCGUCCGUUUGGCAUGAUCCAAGUUGAUGCUCAGCAGAAGCUUGGGACUCUUCUGGGACAGAUGCAUACUGCGGACAUGGGAACUCUUUUUUCUGGGACAUCCAAUUUCGGAUUCCCGUUAAGUACAAGAUUGGGAGUCGUUCCGUUGAAUAAUAACGGGGCCCAUUCUUGGAGGGAUUUUUUUGUUGAGCAACGGCUGAAAGAUCGUCUCGAGAUGGUGUUCAGUAAACUGGGCGAUGAAGUACCAGAACUUCGGGCAAUUGGCGACCGUUUGCUGUUACGAGCCAUGGAUCUUUUGGACGGUGUCGAUUGCAUGCCAAGUGUUCUGCAUGGUGACCUCUGGAUAGGGAACUCAGGAUUGACCAGAAAUGGAGAAGUUGCAAUUUUUGACCCGGCAUGUUUCGUCGGCCAUUCAGAAUUUGAUCUCGCAUUCCGAGGCUGGUUUCCGAGCCAGGCGAGUGGGUUCCCGGGAUUCGGGAAUGCCUUCUAUGACGCGUACCAUGAGGUCGUUCCGCAAGAACCGGGAUUCGCCGACCGCCAUGACCUCUAUCAGCUUUUCCACUUGAUCAACCAUCUCCUAAUCUAAGGGUGAUGGCGUUAAGAUAUAAAUAAAGCAUAUAACCAUUG